GGUUCAAAAAGCGUUUCAACUAUCGACUCCACGGUGAAGACAUCACUUGCUUUCUCUGCUUGCCAGUCGACGCUGAUUCCACAGCCUACCUCUUUGGAUCGAAACGGGAUAUAACCGGUUUAAUAAUCUCUGCAAAAUUUCCCCUCUUCUGCUUCUUCCCUUUAGCGUUGUGAAUCAUGUCAUCUGUGCAAGAGAAGUUGAUCACUCCCAUGGCCAGUGGCCCUGUUGAGCCCCCCAGAAACAAGGUCACCGUGGUGGGUGUGGGCAUGGUGGGCAUGGCUUGUGCCGUCAGCGUCCUACUCAGGGACCUGGCGGAUGAGUUGGCCUUGGUUGAUGUGAUGGAGGACAAGCUGAAGGGGGAGAUGAUGGACCUGCAGCAUGGCAGCCUCUUCCUCAAGACCUCAAAGAUCGUUGCAGACAAGGACUACGCGGUGACCGCAAACUCCCGCAUCGUGGUGGUGACCGCUGGUGUGCGUCAGCAGGAGGGAGAGAGCAGGCUCAACCUGGUGCAGAGGAACGUCAACAUCUUCAAACACAUCAUCCCCCAGAUCGUCAAAUACUCCCCCAACUGCACCCUGAUAGUGGUGUCCAACCCAGUGGACGUGCUGACCUACGUGACGUGGAAGUUGAGCGGCCUGCCCAAGCACCGUGUCAUCGGCAGUGGCACCAACCUGGACUCUGCCCGUUUCCGUUACCUGAUGGCUGAGCGCCUGGGCAUCCAUGCCAGCAGCUUCAACGGCUGGGUCCUGGGAGAACACGGAGACACCAGUGUGCCUGUGUGGAGCGGCGCCAACGUGGCUGGAGUCAGUCUGCAGAAGCUGAACCCAGAGGUGGGCCAGGAUGGUGACAAGGAGGGCUGGAAGGCAACCCACAAGGCAGUAGUUGACAGUGCAUAUGAGGUGAUCAAGCUGAAGGGCUACACCAACUGGGCCAUCGGCCUCAGUGUGGCUGACCUCGUUGAGAGCAUCAUCAAGAACAUGAGCAGGAUCCACCCUGUCUCCACCAUGGUCAAGGACAUGUUUGGGAUCAAUGAGGAGGUGUUCCUCUCUCUGCCAUGUGUCCUGAACAGCAGCGGAGUGAGCAGCGUGAUCAACAUGACCCUGAACGAUGCCGAAGUGAACCAGCUGAAGAAGAGCGCAGACACACUCUGGGGCAUCCAGAAGGACCUCAAGGACGUCUAGAGUACUUGCACACCGUUUCUAGAAAACCAAUAGGCAGACCAAUGUCACACGCUCCUAGUACAAAACUCAUCCUCUCACCAUAACUUUCUCUGACCUGGAAGCAGUCACUCCAGACCUACUGUACCUGGAUUCACUUUUCCUUCAGUCUACUGUCUCAACCUGCCAAUGUACUUUGUACACUCCUUAUCCUAAACCCACUCCUUUCUUCUCAUCCAGACUUUAAACACUCCUGUUCCUUCCCUAAAUAAUUCCUUCAUCUCUUAAGACGUAGGAUGCAGCUUUAGUAUUGAUUCCAUGCUAGGUACUGUCAACCACUGUAUGUACUCCUAUUGGAUUCCUGUGGUAAAGCUGUUGUAAUACAAACAAGUGUGCUUUAUCCUCUGUCUUGAAGCUCCAUUUAUUUCACUCCCUUUAGGAAUCCCAGAAAUGUAGACCCUGUGUCUGUCAGAAGUGGUUGGUUUGUGCAAGGAGAGAUUCCCUGUUUAGUUUUUUUGGCAUUCAACACCAAAGGGAGCGAGUGUGGAGAUCGUACUUGAGUUUUGUUUUAUUUGUUGAUUGUGUAACAAAACAACCCUUGAGAAAAUGACAACCAUUAACUUAAUAAAUAUUUGACGGUAUAAAUCUUG